CUUCUCUCCGUCAGUAUUCAUUGUCCUAGUUAACCUGCUAGCGUCAAGAUCAUUCAAGAUGAGCUACAUCGCCCGCCGCGGUCUUUCGACCCUGAUCCCUCCCAAGAUCGCUUCCCCCAACGCGAUCGGCGCUGCUAAGGAUGCUGCCCGCAUGGACCGUGUUGUGAACUUCUACGCCAGACUUCCUCGCGGUGCCGCCCCUGAGGUCAAGGCCACCGGUCUCAUCGGCCGCUACCAGGCUCGCUACUUCACCGGAAAGAACCAGUCCGCUACUCCCUUCAUCCACGCUAUCGCUGGUAUCCUCCUCCUCGGCUACAGCAUGGACUACUACUUCCACCUCCGCCACAUCAAGAACCACCCCCACUAAGCGAUUAGUGUUUGAUUUACCGGACGGGCGAGGAUUUGUGUAUAUACCACACCCUCUACAAUGAAGACAAUGUAGAACAUCAUCCCAAGCCAUUGUACCAUCUUCCAAUCGAGAAACUAUUUCAAG